UCAGCAGAAACACGGAAGUGACGAUUUGCGACAAGCUGCGGGUCUCUUGUUGAAGUGACAGCGUGAUGAACGUGUUUGUUUGUUAGUUGUUGUGUUGUUUAUCGCUGUAAACAUGACAACUAAACGUAAAGCAGACGCGACGGUUCCAGCUGAGGAGAGCGACCAGCUGCUGAUCCGCCCGCUAGGAGCCGGACAGGAAGUGGGACGGUCCUGUAUCAUCCUGGAGUUCAAGGGGAGAAAGAUCAUGCUGGACUGUGGGAUCCAUCCUGGUCUGGAGGGGAUGGAUGCUCUGCCCUACAUCGACCUGAUCGAUCCGGCUGAGAUUGAUCUGCUUCUUAUCAGCCACUUCCACCUUGACCAUUGUGGAGCUCUGCCCUGGUUCCUGCAGAAGACCAGCUUUAAAGGCCGGACCUUCAUGACGCACGCCUCCAAGGCCAUCUACCGCUGGCUGCUGUCAGACUACGUUAAAGUCAGCAACAUCUCAGCUGACGACAUGCUGUACACGGAGACAGACCUGGAGGACAGCAUGGAGAAGAUUGAGACCAUCAACUUCCACGAGGUGAAGGAGGUGGCGGGCAUCAAGUUCUGGUGUUACCACGCCGGUCACGUUCUCGGAGCCGCCAUGUUCAUGAUCGAGAUCGCCGGCGUCAAGCUGCUGUACACCGGAGACUUCUCCCGACAGGAGGACCGACACUUGAUGGCAGCAGAGAUCCCCAGCGUCAAACCGGACAUCCUGAUCACAGAGUCGACCUACGGGACUCACAUCCAUGAGAAGCGGGAGGAGCGGGAGGCUCGGUUCUGUAACACGGUGCACGACAUCGUGAACAGGGAGGGCCGCUGUCUGAUCCCCGUGUUCGCUUUGGGCCGAGCUCAGGAGCUGCUGCUCAUCCUGGACGAGUACUGGCAGAACCACCCGGAGCUCCACGACAUUCCCAUCUACUACGCCUCGUCUCUGGCCAGGAAGUGCAUGGCGGUCUACCAGACCUACAUCAACGCCAUGAACGACAAGAUCCGCAAGGCCAUCAACAUCAACAACCCGUUCGUCUUCAAACACAUCAGUAACCUGAAGAGCAUGGAUCACUUCGACGACAUCGGCCCCAGCGUGGUGAUGGCGUCUCCGGGGAUGAUGCAGAGCGGCCUGUCCAGAGAGCUGUUUGAGAGCUGGUGCAUCGACCGGAGGAACGGCGUCAUCAUUGCCGGCUACUGCGUGGAGGGCACGCUGGCUAAGCACAUCAUGACAGAACCGGAGGAGAUCGUCACCAUGUCGGGUCAGAAGCUCCCUCUGAAGAUGUCUGUGGACUACAUCUCCUUCUCCGCUCACACCGACUACCAGCAGACCAGCGAGUUCAUCCGAGCGCUCAAACCUCCCCAUGUGGUGAUGUGCAGCAGGUGGAGGGGGCAGAGAAAAUCACUGUGAGGAUCUUUCAGAGCGUCACUCUGGUUCAUGAAGCCGGCAUGGUGCUGCUGGAGUGGCUCGCCAACCCGCUCAACGACAUGUACGCCGAUGCCGUCGCCACCGUGGUCCUGGAAGUCCAGUCUAACCCCAAAGCUCAGAAGUUUCUGGAAGGCAAGAGGGAAGCCUUCGACAUGGAGGUGUUUAUGGAGCGGCUGGAGCUCAUGCUGCAGGACAUGUUUGGGGAAAACUGUGUGGACUUCAAAGACAGUAAGAACUUGUGUGUGACAGUGGGUGGAGCCACAGCGACGGUUGACCCAGAGACCAGA